AUGGGGGUAUGUGUUAUCAUCGAUCCGAAAGCGCAAUCAGAAAGUGCUGCAAUCAGUGGACCGUCAGCUCCUAAGCAGCCCCCUUCUUCUCCAACCCGACCAGUCCCACCCUUGCCUCAGAGUGCAACUAUCUUUAAGUCUCCUCAGCGGGUGCCAGAUCCAGGACCCCCAUCGGGUCCAUACCCUCCUCACAGCCUGCACAGACUCCCCCAGUGUCCUCCAGUUCACCUCAGCCACCCUGUCCCUCUAUCUCUCACGCUGUCCCUCACCCCUGGGCCCAAACAGCAGAGACCCCGAGCACCCCCGCCCCACCGGACCCCUCUGCCUCACUCCCACGUGGCACCCAGGGGGGCGUCGUUUCACAGCACAUCACACCAUAACUCUUGCAGGAUGGUCAUGGAGCUGGAGAAGCCUAGUCCUCCACAAAAACCUCUUCCUGCCGACCCAAGGACCUCCCGGCUGGUGCGUAGUCCAUCUGGUGUUCAGAGCAGCACGUUAGUCCGAGGCUCCUCUGCAGUUUGUGGCCCUGCGGCUGAAACUGGUGCCCCCAGAGCAGCACGCCCAGUUCCCCACCCCAAAAAGUUGAGUCCCAAGCAUCCUCCGACGCUACCAAAGCCUUGCGUUAUUGCCAACGUCAGAUACAACAGCUGAGACUUUGACCAGAGGGGGCAGUGGUUUUUUGUAACGGAAACAAUUUUUUUAAAAUUGCACUAUUAAAAACUCUGAGAAACACACAUAAACAAAUGGUGUAGGCACCUCUGAGUUUUCAACCUUGAGAUUCGCCGGGUCCCUUUUGGUGCUCUGCCUCUGAAUGGUGCUAUGAGUCUGCGCUCAGGUAGAUGUAAAGUAUUUAUAAUUGUGUAUUUAUUGCCACCCAGUGCACUGUGCCAGACACUUUUACUACACCGGAACAAGUUUGACUCUUCUUUUUUUAUUUCACUUUUUUAUAUAUACACUGUUUUAUUUUAUUUUUUUUUUUAAGUAGGAAAACAUUAAAAAAUCUGUGAACCAUCUACGUGUGCAGUGGCUUUUAAAAAGUUUUCAUAACCUUUUAACUUUUUCAUACUUUCUUACGUUAAUACCUGCAGUUUAAUGGUAUAUUAUGUAGUUGACCAAAACAAAGCCUGGGAUCAUUGUAAUGGACACAGAAAUUAUGGUAAAGUUCAUCACAGCAUAUAGGGGAUGAUAAAACAUUUCAAGGAUAGGACAAAAAUGUAAUUUUUUUUUUUAUUCUGAGGUAAGAUGGAUACUCUAUCCAGUUUCACUGAGCUUGAGCUGCUUUGCAAAAGAUCUGUAGAUGUGCAAACCUGUUGGACAUUGCCCAAAAGACCAGCAGCUAUGUAUUAUUAUAUCAGUUUUCCUUCUACUUAACAGUUAUGCUAUACUUUGUGCUGAUCUAUCAUUAAAAAAAACAAUUAGGCAUACUAAAUUUUUUAAGCAAAUUAGCAUUGAAUGGACUUAUGGAUGUGAAAAAGUUAAAGGGUUAUUGUUUUGAAAGACACUGUGGAUGUGUUUCUGUAAAAGCGAUACGAAAGGGAACUCACAACAUUACGGUUUUAUUCUCUAGACUACAUGUAGAGCUUAAAAUGAGUAUUUUUGCAAAGACUGUUGAUGCCUCUGAGGUUUUUUGAAGCAGAAUGCUCCGUAUUGCAUCUUUGAGCCAAUCUGGAAAGGCUUGAAACAACCAUGGAAUCCCAGAAAGUGGCGUUACGACCUCAGCUGUAAGAAUUAGGAGGUUUUGUGUUGGCCUCUUUCUUCAUCUUAAUCACAAAAAGCUCUGACACAAGUUGAAAUCAAAAACAUGAAUCUGUGAAACACGAUGUCUGUGGGUGUUUUAAGAGUUUGACUCUAUGCCUUCCUGCACAAAUGACUGAUCCAGCCAUGGAAUGGCUAAAGACUUUGCUCACUUGUAAACUGCAGCUGUUCUGCUGCAGCUUUCAUUAAAAUGCUGUUUUUACUUUGACAAUGAAAAGAUGGUUUCACUUUAAAGCAAUGCUGUGCAACUUUUGGCCAAAGUAUUAUUUUAUUUGAGAUAUACCAGAUGAUUUUUUUAAUGUAAGUACUCAGCGCAGAUUGAUGUUUUGUACGAGCUGCCCUUCUCUACGAAUGGCUAUGUAACUGGAAAGGGUUAAAAGCAUCACUGAAUUAGUCAUGUGACCCAGACUGCCACUUAUGAUUGGUUCUCUUAUGUGGGAUUUGAUCUAAAGGACUGAAUUGUAAUAAAAGUGGUCUUUUAUCAGACUAAAAGCACGGAGCGAGACUGGCUAGUUUUGUGACAUUGCAGUGCCACCAGUGGCCUUCAGGGGGAGCUAUCCUCGAUGUUACAGGCUAAGUGGCCCCUGGUAGCUAAAAGUUACAGUGUUGCUUUGAAAGGUCAAUGUUUGUCCUGUGAAUCCAUCUGUGUUUUUAAGGUUUGCUUUUUAUUUUAGAUAUAUUUAGUAAAAAAAAACAACAUUCGCAAUGUUUUAUCAUUCUGACUAAACAAAUUGUUCACUUAGCAGUUUAGUUUGUUCUGGUAGAAGAUAAUUCACAUGCAUAUUGGUUUUAUUUUCAGUGCAAUUUUUAUUUUUACUCUGCAUUCAUUCGCCUUUACGUUUCUCUGUGCUCAUGUUCUAAAUACUGUUGUAACAUCUCUGUAUGUUAUCGAUGUAUAUUUGUCGUGUUACUAGUGAAAACAUUUUCACAAUGUUUUUUUUUACUAAUAACCGUUUGAUACCUUAAUUGUAAAGAAAUGCUAAAGUGUCAUUCACCAAUUUCAAACACGGGCAGCAUCAGUAAAGCUGUUUUAAUAAAGAGGAAAUUGUGUUCUUUUGUUAUUUUUUCACAUUUAGUCACAUUUAUUGGUCAUGUGUAAAUGUUAAGAGCCUAAAG